AUGGCGUUAUUCUCUGCGUUAUCCAGCUCAUUGUCGCAACUGCCUGUCAGCGUCUGGCUCAUUGCGGCGGCCACCUUUGCUGUCUACCAUGCUAUCCGUGCCGUGUAUCUGAUCUUCUUCAGCCCGCUGGCUAUCUUCCCGGGCUGGGAGGCAUACUGGAACAUCGGCCUUCGGCCGGGCCACAAGGGGCAAACACUGUUCAAGCUUGAACAGAUGCACAAGCGUCUGGGGCCUGCCCUACGCAUGGGACCGAAUGAGGUUCACAUCUAUGAUCCAGCCUUCUAUCAUGAGUUGUACCGGCCAGGGAGCCAGUAUUACAAAGACCCUUCUAUGCACAAGGUGCUGGGGGCGCCGACAAGCACCCUGGCGGAGAGUGACCCCGUCCGUCACAAGCAGCGCAAAGCGCCAUUGGAGCCUCUGUUCUCCAAGAAGAACAUCCUCAGUCUGGAGAACAUGUUGAUGGAACAUGUUGACCACUGCAGUCAACGGUUUGAUGAGCUUUACAGCCAGGGGAAGCCUGUCUCCAUGGAGUGGGCCCUGAAAUCUCUUGCGAUGGAUAUGGUUUCCCAAUUUGCCUUUGGCCAGUCUCUAAAUGCUAUUGCGGAUCCAGAGUUCAAGUCCCUCCCCGUGCGCGUGUUCCAGCAAUAUCUACCGAGCCUGCACGUUAUUAAGGCCUUUCCGUUUGUGCGGCUUCUCAGCUCACUGCCACUAUGGAUCGCGAGGCGAAUUUCGCAUUCUGUUGAAAUGGGGCACGAGCUGGAACAGUUUGCGGCCCGCCGGAUAGACGAAUAUAUCGAAGCCGCAGCACAAGGGAAAACUCCUAAUUUCCCCACUGUCAUGGAGCGGCUGCUUAUUCCCAUUCCCGAAAAGGGUUACGAAGUGCCCGACAAACAAGGGCUGCGCGAUGAGAUCCUGACGCUCAUAUCUGCUGGAGAUGACACCACCGGCAUUGCCAAUACCGUCACCCUGUUCAACAUCAUCCACAACCGGACGAUCCACGACCGUCUCCUGGCGGAGUUGAAGACGGUCAUGCCGACGCCAACCUCUCAUGCCCAAUACAUCCAGCUCGAGCAGCUGCCGUAUCUGACAGCAGUCAUCAAGGAAGGAUUGCGAUACUCAUCCCCCGCCGCCUCCCGUACUCCGCGCCUUGUACCCCCCGGUGGCGUUCGUCUCCCUGAUGGUCGAUUUAUCCCUGCUGGCACACGAGUGGGCAUGGCCAUCUACCACAUCCACUAUAAUGAGGACCUCUUUGAGAACCCGCAUGAGUUUGAUCCAGAGCGAUGGUUGCAGGGACCGGAGAUCACGGCAAAGAGAGCCAAGUUUCUGGUACCCUUCUCGCGGGGCAGUCGUUCAUGUUUAGGAAUCAACCUGGCGUACAUGGAAAUGUAUAUGGCAAUUGCGUACAUUGUGCGACGAUUUGACCUGGAGUUGGUGGGCACGACACCGGAGGACAUGAAGUGGGAUGACAUGGUCGUGCCACAGUUCCACGGAGAGUUCCGGGCACUCACGAAGCGGCGCAUGGACUAG